CCUUUCCAGCAUGGAGAGGACACGUAUAUUGGCACCAGUUCACACAGACACUCAUGGUUCCCUAUCUGGAAGCAGGAACGUACUUCUACAUAAAUACAACAACCAGCUAGAUCAGAACGUAUCUUUCUAACUAUUUAUUCUUCCAUUUAUUCAUCCCAUCUCCCAUGGUUGUCAGAAGCUGGGGCUAACAGAAGGAGCUCACCCUAUUCCCCGGAUUCAAACCACCAACCUUUUGGUCAGCAAGUUCAGCAGCCCACUGCGUCACCAGGGGCUCCAUUUCGUAAGAUGGAACUAUAGAAUCAAGCUUUGCUUAAACCUUUUGAAUCUGCUCAUCAUUGUGUUCUGAAGAUAAUGGUUUUUUUCUGGCCAUUUUGGUUCGCUGUCUUUACCGCCUCCAGAUGUACGACUUAUUUCACAAAGAAUCUUCUCCUCGCUUGAAACUUUCAAGGCUGGAAAGAUACAUUUCAGAGGAAGAUGGGCAAAGAUGGCUUGACCAUCUGGUUUCGCUACUGAGCAAAAUGAGUUAGACAGAAAUUCUAAAACACUGGGGAGAAAAGAGUGAGACCACAAUCUGCUCAACCCACUUGGGUUUAUAAAGCCGACGCAAGACUGAUGAAGGUCUUCCAGAGGUUAUCCAAGAUGCGGCUAUUUCUGAAGGACGUUGACUUACGGAUAGCCGAGCCACCCUUUACCAGAUGGCAACCCAUGUGGCAAAGCGCAAGCGCCAGAGGGGAGAAAUUCCAGGCCUAAUGGGGACAUGGGAGUUCAACCUUUCUUUGUCCCGUCAAAUGGGAAGAAAAAGGGAGAAAAUAGGCCCAAAUAUCCUUUAAAAAUAUAAGAAAUUCCUUUUAGACAAAUAUUAUGGCAUGACAUUUAUGAGGGACAACCAAUUACUUGUAGACAAAUAUUGUGCAAUGACAUUUAUGGAAAGAAGCACAUUUUGCAUUCAAGGGUUUUGGAUAGAUUAGUAGGUAAACGUAAAUGUUUCCCUUGACAUUAAGUCUAGUCGUGUCCGACUCUGGGGGUUGGUGGUAAUCUCCAUUUCUAAGCCCAAGAGCCGGUGUUGUCCGUAGACACCUCCAAGGUCAUGUGGCUGGCAUGACUGCAUGGAGCGCCGUUACCUUCCUGCCAGAGCAGUACCUAUUAAUAGUAAUAAUAUCAAAAAAUCAAGAUGGAAAAAUCAGCUGAUGACCCAAAAUGCAGACUCUACAAGGAAACCGAAGAAACCAUUGAUCAAGGAAAGUUCCUUGACAAAAUUGAAGGAAAAGCUGAUAAAGAGAAGACCUGGUUCUGGCUCACGAAUGGGACCCUGAAGAAGGAGACAGAAGGCCUGAUCCUUGCAGCCCAGGAGCAAGACAUCAGGACAAAGGCAAUUCAGGCCAAGAUCGAAAAAUCAGCUGAUGACCAAAAAUGCAGACUCUGCAAGGAAACCGACGAAACCAUUGAUCAUAUCCUCAGCUGCUGUAAGAAAAUUGCACAGACAGACUCCAAACAGAGGCACAACUAUGUGGCCCAAAUGAUUCAUUGGAACUUAUGUCUCAAGUACCGCAGUGAUGUUGACCGGCUCUAUCUGCCUAGAAGAUCAGGGGGCAGAGGACUCUUACAAGUAAAACAAGCAGUCAAAGAAGAAGAACAUGCCCUGGCAGAAUAUUCAAAGCAAAGUGAAGAACCUGGUUUGAUUGAAGUCAAAAAUCAGAAACUCCUCAAAGCACAGCAGACAAAAAACCAGUACAUGAAAACCGCACUACAAACUAGAGCUGACAGCUGGCACAACAAAACAUUGCAUGGAAAGUUCCUUGACAAAAUGGAAGGAAAAGCUGAUAAGGAGAAGACCUGGCUCUGGCUCACGAAUGGGACCCUGAAGAAGGAGACAGAAGGCCUGAUCCUUGCAGCCCAGGAGCAAGCCAUCAGGACAAAGGCAAUUCAGGCCAAGAUCGAAAAAUCAGCUGAUGACCCAAAAUGCAGACUGUGCAAGGAAACCGACGAAACCAUUGAUCAUAUCCUCAGCUGCUAUAAGAAAAUCGCACAGACAGACUACAAGCAGAGGCACAACUAUGUGGCCCAAAUGAUUCAUUGGAACUUAUGCCUCAAGUACCACCUGCCAGCAACAAAGAACUGGUGGGAUCAUAAACCUGCAAAAGUGUUGAAAACUGAGCACGCAAAGAUACUGUGGGACCUCCGAAUGCAAACUGACAAAGUUCUGGAACACAACACACCAGACAUCACAGUUGUGGAAAAGAAAAAGGUUUGGAUCAUUGAUGUCGCCAUCCCAGGUGACAGUCGCAUUGACGAAAAACAACAGGAAAAACUCAGCCGCUAUCAGGACCUCAAGAUUGAACUUCAAAGACUCUGGCAGAAACCAGUGCAGGUGGUCCCGGUGGUGGUUGGCACACUGGGUGCCGUGCCAAAAGAUCUCAGCCGGCAUUUGGAAACAAUAGGCAUUGACAAAAUUACAAUCUGCCAGCUGCAAAAGGCCACCCGAUUGGGAUCUGCGCGCAUCAUCUGAAAAUACAUCACACAGUCCUAGACACUUGGGAAGUGUUCAACUUGUGAUUUUGUGAUACGAAAUCCAGCAUGUCUAUAUUGUUUGCUGUGUCAUGAUAAAAUAAUAAUAAUAAUAAUAAUAAUAAUAAUAAUAAUAAUAAUAAUAAUAAUAAUAAUAAUAGUCAUAGACACUUGGGAAGUGUUUGACUUGUGAUUUUGUGAUAAGUAAUCCAGCAUCUCUAUCUUGUUUGCUGUGUCAUACAAUAAUAAUAACAAUAAUAAAAAUAAUAAUAAUAAUAGUCAUAGACACUUGAGAAGUGUUCGACUUGUGAUUUUGUGAUACGAAAUUCAGCAUGUCUAUCUUGUUUGCUGUGUCAUAAUCAAAUAAUAAUAAUAAUAAUAAUAAUAAUAAUAAUCAUGACAACAACAACAACAACAACAACUUGGGAAGUGUUCGACUUGUGAUUUUGUGAAACGAAAUCCAGCAUAUCUAUCUUGUUUGCUGUGUCAUAAUAAAAUAUUAUUAUUAUUAUUAAGUUUAUUUAUAUCCCGCCUCCAUCUCCCCCACAGAAAUAUCAAAUAAAAACAAUAAAAAUAUACAAUACAUCAAUAGAGAAAAAACAUGCACCAAUGAUAAAAUCUAAACAUUAACCUAUGAAAUAAAAACAUGCUUAAAAAACAUAGAAUUAAAACCAGCGAGGUUACAGUAAUAGAUAAGCUAAAGUGCGCAUUAAAAGAUGGAAAAAAAAUCCUUUAAAAAAAUCCUUUUUUUUGCCUGUAAAUCCUGGCCAAAUUCCAAUACAACCCGAGGAGACC